CCUCUCCACCCGCCGCAGCUCGUUUUUUGUGUCACGUCACUGUCGUCAGGGGCUUUUCCGCUUUCGUCCAGCGCCCGCUCGGCUGCCCGCCCGUCCGUCACCCCGGGGACGAUAAGCCGGCAGAUUUUGGGCUAAAACGCGCAGAUUGAGAGCGGAAGGAUCGGUCGGGGAAGCUUGGAAGAGAAAAUGGUGUUCGUUCAUGUCAAUUGGGCCAUUGUUUGACGGCUCAGGGGUCCGGGCCGAGGCGCACGGGCGGCCCUUCGGUGAAUGGAGCUGUAACGCUCUGGUGUUUGUAAACGUGUGGGAGGGCCGUUUUGAAAUAAGCCGGCGGGCGGGCGGGAGCUGCCCUGUCUGGCACCUCCUUUCACUUGUCUUCACGCGCUGGAUCCACCAAGCGCUCUCGAGCUCCAGUAUGUCCAAGCGGCGUGCGUUGGAGAGAGGGGCCGGAGAGACAUCGAGUAGGGCCGGCAAGCUGCAGUGUCCCGUGUACAGUUCGGGCAGCAACGCCAAGCGAGCUGGGCCUUUCGUCCUUGGGCCUCGUCUGGGCAACUCACCAGUACCCAGCAUAGUGCAGUGUCUGGCCAGGAAAGACGGCAGCGACGAUUUCUACCAGCUCAAAAUCCUGACGCUGGAGGAGCGAGCGGACUCUGCCGGCGAGACGCAGGAGGAGAGGCAGGGCAAGAUGUUGCUGCACACCGAGUAUUCCCUCCUGUCCCUGCUGCACAACCAAGACGGUGUGGUCCACCAUCACGGCCUCUUCCAGGACCGGGCCUACGAAAUGGUGGAGGACCCGGAGGCCAACAAGCCGCGCAAGAUGAAGAAGCGCAUCUGCCUGGUGCUGGACUGCCUGUGCGCGCACGACUUCAGCGACAAGACGGCCGACCUCAUCAACCUGCAGCACUACGUCAUCAAGGAGAAGCGGCUGGGCGAGCGCGAGGCCAUCAUCAUCUUCUACGACGUGGUGCGCGUGGUGGAGGCCCUGCACAAGAAGAACAUCGUGCACCGAGACCUCAAGCUGGGAAACAUGGUGCUGAACAAACGGACGCACCGAAUCACCAUCACCAACUUCUGCUUAGGAAAACACCUGGUGAGCGAGGACGACCUGCUCAAAGAUCAGCGAGGGAGCCCCGCCUACAUCAGCCCCGAUGUGCUAAGCGGUCGCCCGUACCGCGGUAAGCCCAGCGACAUGUGGGCUCUGGGCGUGGUCCUGUUCACCAUGCUGUACGGCCAGUUCCCUUUCUAUGACAGCAUACCUCAAGAGCUCUUCCGCAAGAUCAAGGCCGCCGAGUACUCCAUCCCAGAAGAUGGCCGCGUGUCCGACAACACGGUUUGUCUGAUCCGAAAGCUGCUGGUGCUCGACCCUCCGCAGAGGUUGACGGCCGGCGAGGUGCUGGAGUCCCUCGGGGACAUCAUCGCCUCUUGGCAGUCGGUUUCGUCGUUGAGCGGCCCGCUGCAGGUGGUUCCGGACAUCGACGAUCAGCUCAACCACCCGGAGCAUCUGCAAGAGGCCAAAGUGACGGAGGAGUCGUCGCAGUACGAGUUUGAGCACUACAUGCGCCAGCAGCUGCUGCUGGCCGAGGAGAAGAACACCUUCCACGAGGCCAAGGGCUUCCUCAAGCGUCACUUCAACAGCCUGCCGCCCGUGCGGCGGCUGGGCCACGACGCCCAGCCCGUCAGCCCGCUGGACGCCGCCAUCUUGGCGCAGCGCUUCCUCCGCAAGUAGAACGCUUGCGUGAGGCGGGCCGGGCAGGGCCGGGCCAAACAAAACGGGGCGGAACUGCCAAAGAUAGGCCCACCUUUGGGUUACCGCGCAAGCCUCCAGCACGGCAUUCUCAGCGGCGCCGGCCGGCUCCCGCGGGAGCGCCAUCAUGUAGCAGCCCCUCCCGUCACGCCUCCUUCCCUCCCUCCUUCCUUCCUUCUACUGUCGGCCCCGUUUUGGAAAACCUUCAAAUCAAUCUACCUCUCCAUCUCUUCUUCUGUGUUGUUCUACAAUCCCACCGACGACGUUCACCAUUUGGCCGUCGCGCUCCGGGGAGAGAAACGACAAACCCGCUCACUCGAGUGGUUUUCUGCCAGGGGAGGGGAUAGAAUGGAAUAAGCUUUUUUUUUCUUUUUUUUUUUUUUUCUUUGAAUCAUUCUGACCUUGGAGUAGCAUUUCUAUUAUUCUAUUGAAGACGGACUACAUGGAAACACGCUUUGGUACCGGUUGUCUCGUCCCUGCGGAGAUCUCUUUCCUAGCAUCAGGCAGCUAGCGUGCGGAGGAAGUCGCCACGCCAAGACCCCCGAUGAGGCACAAAUGUUGGCUGCUGCCGCCGCCCCUCGCCUCCUCCUCGGUGCCACAGCCAAAUAAACUUGAGAAACGCCACGGAACUGGUACCCAGCACCUCAUUGGGAAUUGAAAAGGCCUCCAGGUCAUCUGACGAGCGACGGAUGAAAAGUGUGUUUUUGUUUCCAGUAUGAAUGUGAAUGACACUUUGACAUGUUUGCAUAGCCAUGAGCGUGUGCGUGCACGUGCGCGCACGCGUGUCUCAAGCCAGUGGCCGCCGAGCCGGCCAUCUUUUAAGCUAUCCUCCACUCUCGCGAGGCUUUUUCCACGCCGCCGUACCGGCUGGAGUACAAGAAGGCGCGCCCGUUUUUACCUGAGAGCAAAAGGGACUUUUGCCGGCGCUAAUGGCGAGUAGAGCCAAGCGCCGGCCGGCCGGCCGGGUAGCGUGCGGUGGAAAAGCGUCCAAAUAAUUGUUCUUAUCUGGCACACUGUGAAAAGCAGACCAACACCCUUGCUUGUGUAUUAGCGGCCCCCUCGUCGACACGCAUGUAUGAUUCCGCUUUGUAGGUGCUUGGUGAUCCAUACUGUAAUAUUUCUUUUGUGCUUGUUACCCCCCCCCCCCCCCCACUGUUGCCUUGGAAUGCGGUGACGAUUGACACCAUCUUUUUUUGUUGAACUUUUACGUGAAGCUACGCCUACCAGCGACUUAAGCGACGUUGCCGCGGGCUCAAUCCAACUUUGUAUUAUUUAUGUUUGCAUCCCAACCUCAUUCACUUGCAAUUUCAAGGUGGAUAUUUAUUUAUUGUUCUCUCCCAAAUCUUUCCUUUUACGCAUCAAUGGUAGCUCCACGCUAACAAAAGUACAUCUGCAUUUCUUGCCAUCUUGACACCAGUUAAGCUACUCUGACUUACACUAAUGAUUAGAAUUGAUUUUGGAGUCUUUCUUCCUUCUCUUGAAUGAUCCAUCCCCAUUUGGACAAUGAGUGUGUAUUGUCGUAGUAACCAAAAUGGCCCACGAGAUGGUAAUUACUUUACUAAAUGUAAAUGGUUUUGCCCCGCCCCCCUCCUUCGAGUUUGUUUUUGGCUUGCAGUUGUGUUGCUUGCCACUGUGGUUUGAAACGCAUGAAAGUAACGCAAUGUGGAACUGAAAUGUUGCAUGAUGUUGCUGCCACACUUCCCUGCCGCUCAUUUACUAGCGAGUGGAUUGACUGUACUUGGUUGAAUCCUCUCAUUUCUUUUGCAAAAAUUCUAUAAAUCUCCAGACACGCCUUUUCUAAAAAACUUCGCCCGCAUUUCAGACAUUUUCACUGUUUUUAUUUGACAAUUUCGUUUUGUAGCAAAAAUCCUCAGCUUCAUCCAUCCCACUGAUUUUUUUCUUUUAAAUAGAUAAAAAUGAUAUAUUUAUUCUCCACCCUGAAAAUGAUUUUCCUUACUGAUUUUGUAGUCAUAUUUGAAUCUACCCCCAUUAUUUGGGAGUGUAAUUUAGUAGCAAAACUGCAGUAAUGGAUUGAUUCCUUCCCACAAAGCCAACUGUGUCCUCCUCCCACCCAAAAACAUUUCACCUUUUUUAGUAGCAUGUUUUUUUUCAAUAUUUGUUUUCUUUCUUUUUUUUUUUUGUUGCAAACUACCCCCACCGGCUUUGAAGUACUGUAGUUGGGUUUAGUUCAGACAUAUUGCUGACGUGUUUCAAGCGCUCAUUUGACAAGGCAGAUGUGUUUUGGUCGUUGUCUCGUAAGCUGCUCGCUCAUCUUUGGGGGCAUCUCGAGACACAAUGACAUUAUUGUACAGUUGGGAAAUCAUCUUUGUAUAAAAUAAACAAACAUAUUUUUCUACUUCAUCAGAAACUACAUGCAUGUCAGCAAUAAACUUUGAUAUGGAAAAAA